AUGAAGUUCACCGCCGCUCUCGUUGCUCUCGUCUCCGCCUCCGGCGCCGUCGCUGCUCCUGCCGCUGCCGACUCCGUCUCCAUGAUGGCCGCCACUCCCCAGUGGACCAUCCAGACCCUCAACCGCGUCUGCGACAAGGCCGACACCACCUGCACCUGGAACUUCAAGAUCAACACCGGCAGCGGUGCCGCCACCGCCUGCAAGUACGUUGUUAAGGCCAAGGGUGCCUCCAAGGCCAACGGCGGCCCUGCCAAGUGCGGCACCUUCACCAUCACCUCCGGCUGGAGUGGCCAGUUCGGCGCCGACGCCGGCUUCACCACCCUCUCUGUUGUCAGCAGCAAGAAGCAGAUCAUCUACCCCAGCUACACCGACAAGCAGCUCGCUGGUGGCAAGGUCGUCAAGCCUGACCAGAAGUACGCCCCUGCUGCUCUCCCUUAA